AUGGGUAAUAUUGACAUGGAAUUGUUAAUAAGUUUGGUUGAAAAUAGGCCUGUACUGUGGGACAAAACCCAAGAGUGCUAUAAAAAUAGACAGUCGAGUUUUGCCGCUUGGAGAGAAAUUUGUCUUGCGUUAAAUGAAGGUUUUGAAACGAUGUCCGAGAAAGAAAAAAAUGAUUUUGGCAAAGAUAUCAUAAAAAAAUGGAACAAUGCAAGAGAUAACUGGAUGAAAUAUCACAAAAAAGUUAAGGAAUGUAAAUCCGGCUCUGGUGCAAAAAGUCUACGAAAAUAUAAAUUCUACGAUCAAAUGCUCUUUUUGUGUAAAAUUGUGACUCGCCGAACAACGGAAGCAAGUAUUACAUCAGAAAAAAACAUCACACAAUCUCACAACAAAGAAACUGACUCACAAACCAAUAAUGACCCUACCGCACCAGCCAAUACUACCGAUUUAACAAAAACAAGCAAGAAGAGAAAGACAGACUGUAGCGAAGUUGAUCGACAAAUGCUUACUUUAAUUAAAUCAGUUGAAGAUGAAGACAAGAGUAAGAGUAUGUGUUUUUUCAAAGGUAUUGCUCCGAUUGUAGACAAGUAUAGUGAUGACGAUUAUGUUGAAUUCCAAUAUGAAAUCAUUAAAGUUAUGAGAAAUUUAACUCGGAGAAAUCAAGCGUCCAUGCAGCAGCAAAAUUACAAUUACAAUAUUAAUCGAGGCUACACUACGGCUACACCCGACUACAGGAUACACGAAUAUCAACCAACACAACCCAUUCCAUCCACAUCCAGGAUGCCUCAAGAACUCAUGCAGCAAGAUGAUUCCCAAUCUUCAAUUAUUACUGAAUUAAGUUCAAUCACAUCGCCUGAUUACGAUUUCGAUUUUUCUAAAACUCCUUAAUUUAUUUUUUGAGUGUAAUAAAACAAUUACUACCUACUAAAUUUUGUUUUAAUUAAUACAGGUAAUCAAUCCC